GAGGACGUAAAGGAGGCUUUCCGGGAGUUUGAUCUGGACAAGAACGGUUACGUAGGCGCGGCGGAGAUAUCUCACAUCUUGCAGAGCAUGGGAGAGAAGGCGACGGACGACGAGGUGGACGAGAUGAUCCUCAUGGCGGACUUGGACGGGGACGGGCAAGUGAGCUUCGACGAAUUCUUCAAGCUCAUAAACUCUUUUCAAGGGAUGCCGCCACCGCCCGGGGACAAGGUGAAGUUCGCGUUCCAAGUCUUCGACCUGGACGGCAGCGGGAGCAUCGACGCGGACGAGCUGCGUAAGAUCGUCAAGGCGACGAACAUGGCGAGCGAGAAACAGUUGACUCGCAAGGUGGAGUGGCUCAUGAAGCAGUGCGACUCGGACGGAGACGGGCAGAUAUCCUUCGACGAGUUCGUGAACCUCGCGAAGAAA